AUGCAACUAACAAAUUUAAUAACAACACCAUCAAUUAAUAACAAAAAUCAAAUAAUUAUGCGUGUUGAUUCUGAAGGUUUUAUUACAUUUGCCGAUGCUGAAAUUCAAAAAUUGUUAAAUUUAUCAUCAAUGACUGAAAUUUAUGAAAAAAAGUUUUGGACUUUGGUACAUCCUUUAGAUGAACAAAAUGUAAAAGAUGCUUUGUUGAAUAUUUUGAAGAAUAAUAAUGUUGUUAUAAAGGAUUUAUUCUGUAAAUUACAAAUUGGUGGUUCAUCAGAAUAUAUACAAACAUCAAUAAAUAUAAAUUCAUUUAUUAAUCCUCAUUCUUUGGAAUUUGAAUUUUUAAUUUUGUCAAUAAAUGUAUUAGAACAACAACAAAAACAUUUGGAAUUUUCUUCUUCGUCUUUAAAUUUUUGUAAUCAACCAACAAUUAAUAAUGAAUUAAUUCAACAACAACAACAAAAUAUUUGUUGGCCAUCAAAUAUUCAAAAUGAAUUGAUGACACAAAAUGAUAUUUUGGAUGGUUCUUUCAUUCCCCAAGGAUAUUCUUUAAUGAUGCCAACAACUACAGAAACAACAAUUAAUAAUUUACCGGAACAACAACAAUGGGCAUCAACUAGUAAUAAUUUAAAUUUAAUGAAUCAACAACAACAUAUUUUACCUGAUUUUACAACAAAUACAAUUCCUCCAAUUAUAUGGCCAGAACAUUAA